AUGGCGCUCAAGAAGAAACGUCCGCAAAAGAGCUUAGCCGCUGGUCGGCCGCCCAUUCUUCAACGCCAACCAAAAUCCAUCACCAGAAAGUCGACAAAAGCUCUCAUCAACAAGCACCAUCUCCUCGAGAAGAGAAAGAAGCAGGCGCUUGCCAAGGGUGAUGAUGCAGGUGUCGCCGCGAUCGAUGCAGAGAUUCAAGCUCUAGGUGGCCUCGAGGCAUAUCAGAAGGCCAGUCUUCAAGGCCAGAGGGAGGACCGCGGCGGUGACAGCUCGAGGGUUCUGAUGGAAUGGCUGCAGCCAUGCCUCACGGCUCAUAAAGAGGGAUCGGGUCGGAUGCUCAAGAUGCUGGAGGUUGGCGCGCUCAGCACACAGAAUGCUUGCUCUCAGAGCGGCUACUUUGACAUUACUCGUAUCGAUUUGAACAGUCAAGGCGAAGGGAUUCUGCAGCAGGAUUUCAUGGAACGGCCUUUGCCCAAGGAUGACGCGGAGCGAUUCGAUAUCAUCAGCCUGUCGCUCGUUCUGAACUUUGUGCCGGAUCCGAAAGGAAGAGGGGACAUGCUCAAGCGGACGACGGAGUUUUUGCGCGCAGCCAGCAGAUAUCUCGAGGCUCCUUCACUGACGAUCCACUUUCCGAGUCUCUUCCUGGUGCUCCCCGCGCCAUGUGUCACGAACUCGCGGUAUCUGGAUGAGGAGAGGUUGGUUGGGAUUAUGGCGUCGCUUGGGUACGCGAAGGUUGAGUCCAAGACGACUCAGCGGCUGGUCUACUAUCUAUGGAGGAGAGAAGGCAAAGGCAUCGCUCGACGUUUCCGAAAGGAAGAGAUACGGGCUGGCUCGACACGGAACAACUUUGCUGUUGUUCUGGGAUCCUUGACAUCUGGCAAUCGUGUCCUGCCACGACAUCGCUUGGACAAGUAGCAGCUAUCCGCUGUCUGCUCUACACAUGCCGCUACCCCGAGAUGGUUCCGCAUAAGACCACCUCGAGCUGGACGACGGAUGACGGCGCGAUGUUGUCGUCGUCUUCAAAUCUUUACCAAACGUAUCCAAAACGGUGUUCAAUUUUCUUCAGUUCAGCAUUCAUUCGCAAGCUAGCAAGCGGUGUGACAGCCAAGACGCAGCCAACGUGCCAUUCAACGAUUUUUCACUGCACAGCAAUGAGCUGAUCAUGCGGGUUGCCGGCGUCUACUUGCAAGGUCCGAUUACCCCACAACGCUGGGGAGGUGCGGGAAGGAAGGCUGUUGUGAGGGGGGACGGAGGCGACGCCGGGAUGCUGCAUCUGCGCUGCUGCUGUGUCAAGCAAUGGAUGGCAAGAGGGAGACAAUUGAUGUGGCAGAGCGCGCAUGCGAUCAACAUGCAGUGGGAUGGUUUGGUUUGGAGAGAAUUUCCGACAGUAUUGUUGGGCGUGACUGGGUUGUUGUUUCGUGAGGGGUUAAAAGAGGUCACCUGGACAGGAUGAGUUUGGAGACAGGGGAGGGUCGAUCGGCUGGUUGUGAUGGAGACAUUUUGUUUUUAUCACUGGGUUAUGAUGGUUCACAUAUUGGGGAGAUGAAUGAGACAGCCAAUUGAUGGGGUUGACAGUUCACUUUGCAGGUUUUGUGUGUGCGGUGUUCACUCCGGUCCGCGAUGGGUGAUGUGGGUGGUGGUGGUGGACGACUGACUAAGAUGCAGUGCAGGAGGCACUACACCCUCUUUGUGUGGAUAACGAACAGCUUUUUGGGUGCCAGGGUCUUGCGUUUGGUUAAUGUUUGGCAGGAGAGUUGGGUAGCAAAUGUGUCUGUGCUGUAUUCAAUGUCUCAAAUUGAAGCCUUUUCUCACGAGUAAGCUAUGGGCGAUACCGGACAGACUAUCACGACUCCCUUUCUCCUCGUCGCCGUCGUCAGUGACGGGUUUAGAACAAAGAAGUACGGAUCCUGGCCAUCGCGAUAUCGGAAGUUUCUUGGCCAGGGUCACGAUCUACGGUUGUUCUGAAGGUUGGCAGUAGAUAGAGACGGAUAACCGGUUUCUACAGUUGUAUGUAUGGGAUGUUAUCACUUGGGAAUUGCCACUUAUCAAUCUUGGCCUUUUGGUGCAAUCGCUAUGGUACCAGGUAUGAUGGAAAGUUGAGGUUCCCUCACCCCCUCAAUUGUUCUAGAUUUCUUGUGGGAACAAAGAAAGUUUGGUGGUGGUGAUGGUGAAUUCUCCGAGGAGGAGGCGAGAAAUGAUCGUCGGUGUCACUUGAGCCACCGUUAGGAAGUGUGUGUGCUCGGUUGUGCAGCCGCGGGAGGCGCUUUCGCUCUCAACAACUUUUUCUCUUUCAGAGUUUCGGUAGAUCCCGUGAUGGUACCAGGUUGGGAUGGACGGGGGUAGGAUAAGGGGGAGGGGUGAUUUGGAAGCGAUUGGGUUAUUGAGUAAAAUAGCCGGGGGUAAUCGUAGAGGGGCGCGCUGGCUGAUGAUCAUAUGAUGACGAUUAUAUUCUCAGAGCAGCGCAAUGGGUUUGCCUUUCUUUGGCUUGGGGGGAGAUGGCGGGGCUGGGCGGUUCCAAGCAGCAAUGAAGCUGGGCAGAUAUUAUUCAUUGGAUCUUUGAGAGAGGGCAAAGAAAGCUACCUAGCUCACUCCCAGUAAAGCGGCAAUGGCGGGGGAACCCGCAGUAUGGACGACGGGCUGUUGCACCAUUCAUUGCCUCCUGCGUACCAUAACCUCCUCUUUUGUGAGCAAGGAGAGAGCUGGCGGUUUAACCGCCGAGAGCUGACCACCUACCUACCCUUGAGGUGGCGCAUUUGUUAGCAUCAAUCUUGCCCAUGUCAAGCCCAAGCGCAUGCAACUUCCCCGGAUUUUUGGUGGAGUUUCUCCCCCUCGCAAGCUAGACUGAACGGGGAAAGCCGGCGUGGCCUGCUUGAGGUAGUUUGGUUGUGCCCAAACAGGAUUAGAAUGAACAUUUAUAAGACUGAAUUGGUCUCACGCGGGCAAAAACAUGUCUCGAUUUGAUAAGAGGGGAGGGGGAGGGGGAAACUGUAUCUGUAUCAGGAAGAGGGGUUGUUGUGGGGAGAGAUCAGCAGGAGUUUCCUUUGAGAGAUCGAUAACAGUGUGGUGUUGAUACAGAAAAAGGGGGGGGGGGCUAAAAAGCGAUAAGGAUUUUGCUCUCCGUUGCCGGCCGAGAGAAAGUUGACGACAUCCUGAUGAAAUAUGAGAUAGCGAUUUUGAGAUAAACUGAUAGCUACAUACAACGUACCUAGGUACAUACCUAGCUACCUUCUUGUCCUGGCUUGGGGUUGUUUUUUAUUAGUAGCGAUAGUAAAAAGGUAAAUUCAGGGGCUAAACAACGCACACAUGUCCGUCUGGUAGCGAGGUUGCAACCGAUGAGGUCAGGAGGGAGGGGAGCCAAAAGAUUGCGAUAUGGGUUAGGUGUUUACUGUCUGGUCGGGUCGGGUGAAACCGUUAUCACGUUCCUCUUGGUUUUGGGCAGCAGGAGAACCAAAUUCAGCGGAUGGUGCUAUUCUUGGGGUAGAUAGCGUCGAGUGUAAAAUAAGGGGCUAGUAGGGGUGGUUUCUGUUUAGAUGGUAACCCAACCUCGACGGCUUGUGACAGUGGCAUGCGUGGACAAAGACAAAACGUCACCCCCGUGAUGAUGACGAUAAGCGGGUGCCGGCUUUUGACUACCGUCAGGCCCAGCGGGGUGGUAGAUAACAUAGUUUGAGACCACGAUAUGAGAGACUGAGUCGUGACUAAAUCCGAUCAGCCGGUUCAAUUUUGAGCCAACAACCGAAGUAACCACCCUUCUUCUCCGCGUUCAAGCUCAAUCCGACAUCUCAACUUCCGGCUAGCGGCAGAGCUAAAUCUCAGCAAAUGUCUUGAUGACCCGGUGCUUCUCUCUGUCCUCAGACGACAACUCGGCAUUGCCCGGCCGUUCGACAACAAAGCUCUGCAUGCCAGCUUGCUUGGCAGCCUCCACCUCCUUGACAUUGUCGCUCAGGAAGAGCCAGCUGUUCGCCUCUGGGAAUUCCGGAUGAGCUGCCAGGAUGGUCUGGUAGGACGACGCCUCUUGCUUUGGCCCAGCAUUGACAGUGUCAAAAAAGUCGGAAAUCUCGGGAAUCAGAUCGGCCGGCUGACCGUUGGUGUGCUUGAACAGCAGCUUUUGCGCCGCCACCGAUCCGGAAGAGUAGAUCAUGAUCUCCUCUCCGGCCUUCUUCCACUGGACAAACUUGGGAGCGACAUCGUCGAAGAGCGGGGCCUUGAGCUCGCCGGACUUGUAGCCGGACUCCCAGAGAUAACCCUGGAGGCUCUUGAGGUAGGCGAUCUUGACAUCACGGCUCAUGAGGUCCUUGACAUGAGCUGUCAAGGCUUCUUGUGAGCUGGCAUGCUCUGCCGGAAAGGCGUCCCUGUACUGUGAGAACUCUGGCUCGUCCCAUUGGGCUUCAAGGGUUGCUGGGAGCGCUGAGAGAGCGUAGGGAAACUAUCCAUAGUAAAGCAGG